GAAGAAACGGAAUAUUUGCUCGUCCGAGACUCAUCGCAAGGUCCGUUCAUCAGGAACAUUUUUGCUGUGUGCCACUCAUCUGUCCGACACUGUAAGCCAUGAAGACCAAGCGCUCCCUUCACAUGGCCACUCCUCUGAGAGAGAGCUUGCCCCUGUCCAAGCUGGCCGGCACUUCUAUCUACCUGAAGCUGGACUCAGCCCAGCCCACUGGCUCCUUCAAGAUCAGAGGCAUUGGACACCUCUGCAAGACGUGGGCAGAGCAAGGAUGCGUGAGAUUUGUCUGCUGUUCAGGUGGUAAUGCUGGGAUGGCAGCAGCCUACUCUGCCCGUAAACUGGGGGUGCCCGCUACCAUCGUGGUGCCCAGCGUGACCCCUGCCCAAACAGUUCAGAGUCUCAAAGACGAGGGGGCAGACGUGAUCAUCCACGGCAAAGCUCUUAAUGAAAGCAUUGAAUAUGGCCGUCAGCUCGCAGUCAAUAACCCAGACUGGGUCUUCAUCUCUCCCUUCGACAAUCCACUUAUUUGGGAGGGCCACACAUCCCUGGUGAAGGAGCUGGAAGCAGACAUGGAUGAGAAGCCGGGGGCGGUGGUGCUGUCCGUGGGAGGUGGGGGUCUUCUGAAUGGGGUGGUGAUGGGCCUGCGGGACGCCGGCUGGGAUGACGUCCCAGUCAUCGCCAUGGAGACCGUGGGGGCACACAGCCUGAAUGCAGCCAUGAAAGCCGGAGAACUUGUCACGCUGCCAGCCAUCACCAGUAUUGCGACGACGUUGGGCCUCACGCGCGUAUCUGCACAGACCAUGAAACUGGUUGGAGAGCACACAGUCUACUCUGAGCUCGUGACGGACCAGGAGGCCGUCCACGCUGUUGAGCAGUUCGUUGACGACGAGAAAGUGUUGGUGGAGCCGGCUUGUGGCGCGGCCCUGGCUGCGGUGUACAGCGACAUCAUUCGUCGGCUGCAGUCGGAGGGCAAGCUGGCACAGAAGCUAGGCCCAGUGGUAGUGGUGGUCUGCGGCGGCAACAACAUUAGUCUGGAGCAGCUCCGCCGGUUCAAGAAACAGCUGGGCAUGAACUGCUAGGACCGGAGACUUAACUCUUGAGACUUUAGCCGUCUUGACUCUGGGAACAAACCGACAACUUGAUCCCAAAAUCAUUCCAGAAACACCGUGCCCCCAGACUCGACCGAAGGGACUUUCCUAUGCUUCUUUAAAUCGCUCGUUUUCAGUUGGGCAAAUGUAAACUAUGAAAAAUUCUUCAUAAAACAAUGUGUGCUGGCAACAAAUGUGUGAAAGAUUAACGUAAAGUAACUAACUGACCUUCCAUGUUUUUUAAACUGCUCUUAAUCGAUUUGAAUGUUGUUAUAGUCGAUAGAAUUUUUAGGUGUAUAGAUAUUUUUAUUAAGCAUGUAUUGGCAUCUGAAACAAAUGCAGAAAUACUUGUACUGUACUCUUCUUUCUCUCUAUUUUUGUACAUGUUCUAUUUAAAAGGGAAAAAAGAAUUAAAUUAUGGUGCUUUUCAGAUUUGCUCGAGUCUGCUUUGCAUGUACAAGUAAAAAGUAUAUGGAUGUUUGUACGAAAUGCUUUUAGCCUGUUUGCCUCAUAAGGCAUUUUAAGAUGCUUUUAGCCGUAAGAAGAGGCUAAAGAUCCUAACCAUAAGAUGGUUUUAGCCUUUGGUUGGUAAAUAAGAGGAAGUUACCCCCCUCAUAAAUUGAAGGUUAGAUUAUGUGAGGAAAGAAGCUGCCUCAGCAUAACUCUGAUGGAAUUUUUGAAGAUAUGCGUAAGAAGGUUUAACAUGUAACAUGUCUCUUAUCAGAUAGGGGAGAUUAAGAAGACAGGACAAACAUGACAAUGUGGUACAUCCGAUAAAGAUAAAUAAUUGCUGACUGAUAACCUUCACUUGGGUAUGUUUUUGUGAGACUUACGAAGAACAAGAAUUAAGACUAUUACAAAUUAUUUUGGCCUAUAAGGCAGCCAGCAGAAAUAAUGUAAUUGGUUUGCUGUGCAGUAAACAUCCUUUCCAGACUAUAUAAGCAGCACACGUGAUAAAACAGAAAUUAGGCUUUAUAUGUUAGUGAUGCCAACAGGUGAAUCGCCGGGUGUCAAAGGCAAGUCUGGCGUGUUGACAGACCCAGUCAUUAAGGUGGGGUGGGUUGUUACCAGCUCCAACUGGACUAGCCUGGAUCUCACUGGCUUGAAAAGCCUUGGGCCCCCCCCCCAAAGACUUUUGAUUGAGUCGUCAGCACAGACAAUGAAAAAGACUGAGGCCUCACAUAACGAGCUAAUGAGAAAAGGGAACAAGCUCUCACCGAGUCAGCUGGGAUGAAAAUGAAGAGAAAAAAAUAAAG